AUGUUCGACACGGUUUGCAGCCUCCCUCUGAGCUCCGAUCUCUUCUCGCAAGCCAUCCACCCUACAGAACCUCUCGUCUCUGUCGGCCUUUCAUCCGGCCAUGUCCAGACCUUUCAUCUACCCGCUCCAUCUGAGAAUGGGAAAGCGGGAUACGGACACAUUGACACGGUAUGGCGUACCAGGCGCCAUAAGGGUAGUUGUAGGUGUGUAGGAUUUGGGAUUGACGGGGAGACACUGUAUUCUGCCGGCACGGAUGGGUGGGUUAAGGCUGCGAGGACGGAGACUGGAAGGGUAGAGUGGAAAUUUGCCGUACCGAGAAUUGGAGACAAGUCCGGUUUCCAGGUUGAUAGCCCUUCCUUAAUCCACGCGCUCUCACCACAGACCUUACUUCUCGCUACGGAUUCAGGGGCCUUACAUCUCUUUGAUCUCCGCGACCGCUCCACUGAGGUAUCCGCGAGACCUCAGCAAACCCACCACCCACACGAUGAUUAUGUGUCUUCUCUAACGCCCUUACCACCUUCAGAGACGAGUACUUCUGGUUACAGCAAGCAAUGGAUUACUACAGGCGGCACAACGAUCGCCGUUACUGACUUGCGCAGAGGAAUUUUGGUACGGAGUGAAGAUCAGGGCGAAGAGCUGAUCAGCUCAAGCUAUGUGACUGGCCUCAAGGCGGGAGGCACCAGCAAGGGAGAAAAGCUCGUUGUUGGUGGGGCUAGUGGUGUUUUAACACUUUGGGAAAAAGGUGCUUGGGACGAUCAAGAUGAGCGCAUCAUCGUCGACCGUUCCCUCGAUGGCGGAGAGAGCUUGGAAGUCAUUGCAAACGUGCCAGAUGAACUCGGUAAAGGAAAGGUGGUCGCUGUCGGACAGAGUGAUGGGCGCAUGCAAUUUGUACAAUUGGGCCCCAACAAGGUGAUUUCGGAGUUGUCCCACGAUGAUCUUGAGGGCGUCGUUGGCCUUGGUUUUGAUGUGCAGGGUCGCAUGAUCAGCGGCGGUGGCACUGUUGUCAAGGUAUGGCAUGAAGCGAUCAGCGAUGAGGAGGGAAAUGAUGAUGAAUCAGACGAGGAAGACAUCGAGAACGGAGAAGGACUUGGAAAGAAGCGGAAAGGGGGUAAUGGUAGCAGCGACGAGGAAGAGGAUAGCGACGACGACAUGGCAGGGAAGGACAAAGGUAAACGGAAGAAAAGAAAAAGAGGAAAGGGAAAAGACAGGUCUGGAGGCGUGCACGUCAUGGCCUUCAAGGGCUUGGAUUAG